GUACUGUAUUUGAGGUUCAGUUUGUUAGCAGGGCAGCGAUUCCCGUCAUUGGUGGGGUCUUGGUGUCUCCUUCCUUUUUCUGUUCAUAAAACUACAGGAUUAAAGGAUUCGACGGCAGUUUGGAUCUUGUGUUGUGUCAUGGCAGAAGCAGGGAGCCAACAGAACCAAUGGGAGGAAGGUUUUGAGGAUGAAUUCGGAGAAAUUAUCAAAACUCGAUCAGAUGAAAGAGAAGAUGUUCAAAAGAAAACCUUCACGAAAUGGAUAAACUCCCAGUUUGCUAAGACAAGAAGACCCCCUAUCGAUGACCUCUUCACUGAUCUGUGUGAUGGCCGACGUCUUCUUGAACUCCUGGAGGGUCUGGUUGGCCAUGAAAUAGUUAAAGAACGUGGUUUCACUCGAGUGCACUCCCUCAACAAUGUUAACAGGGCCCUGCAGAUCCUUCAGAAGAACAAUGUUGAGCUGGUGAACAUUGGAGGAGCUGACAUUGUAGAUGGCAAUCAUAAACUGACCCUGGGGCUCAUCUGGAGCAUCAUUCUCCACUGGCAGGUUAAGGAUGUGAUGAAAGAUGUCAUGGCAGACCUACAGCAGACAAACAGUGAAAAGAUUCUGUUAAGUUGGGUCAGGCAGUCUACUAAAAACUACAAAGACCUCAAUGUGGUCAACUUCUCCAGCAGCUGGGCCGAUGGUUUUGCCUUCAAUGCGCUCAUUCACAGCCACAGGCCGGAGCUGUUUAACUGGAGUGUGGUGGAGCAACAGGAUAAUGCCAUUGAGAGACUGGAUCACGCCUUCAACGUUGCAGAGAAGAGUUUAGGCAUCGACCGACUGUUGGACCCUGAGGAUGUUGCUACAGCUCAUCCAGAUAAGAAAUCCAUCAUUAUGUACGUCACCUCCCUGUUCCAAGUGCUGCCCCAUGGCGUGAGCAUGGAGGCCAUCCAAGAGGUGGAGACCCUCCCUCGAGCUACAGUAACCAAGGAGGAGCACUUCCUCUUUCAAACCCAACAGCGUUACUCCCAGCAGAUCACAGUCAGUGUGGCACAGAGUCGUGUCCGCAGCCCGUCUCCCUCCUAUAAGCCUCGAUUCAAAAGCUAUGCCUUCACUCAAGCUGCCUACGUCAAGACGCCUGAACAGCAGAGGAAGUUCCUCACCACACAGUCUCCAGACAAGCCUGAUGAACUGCGACCGUCCCCCAGUCCCCUGCCACAGGGGCUAAAUGAGCUGGAAAGCUACCAGAGUGCUCUGGAGGAGGUCCUGACCUGGCUGCUCUCCGCAGAGGACGGCUUGCAAGCACAGCCACCCAUCUCCUCUUUUGUCGAAGAAGUCAAAGAGCAGUUUCACACCCAUGAGGGCUACAUGGUGGAGUUAACGUCUCAUCAGGGCAGCGUGGGCCGGCUUCUCAAAGCAGGAAGUGUGUUGUUGUCUGGAGGGCAGCUGACUGAUGAUGAAGAGAGGGAGGUGCGGGAACAGAUGAAUCUGCUCAACUCUCGCUGGGAACAUCUGCGUGUGGCCAGUAUGGAGAGACAGAGCAGGCUUCAUGAGGCGUUGAUGGACCUGCAGCACCAGCAGCUGAAGCAGCUCUCUGAUUGGCUGGACACAACUGAAACUCGAAUUAAAAGAAUGGGAGCACAGCCUUUAGGACCCGAACUUGAUGACAUAAAGCGACAAAUUGAAGAGCAAAAACUCUUACAGGAAGAUCUGGAGCUGGAGCAAGUGCGAGUGAACUCUCUGACUCAUAUGGUGGUGGUAGUAGAUGAGAACAGUGGUGAUGGUGCCACCGCAGCCUUGGAGGAAAAACUGCAGAACCUUGGGGAACGAUGGGCAGCGAUCUGCAAAUGGACUGAAGAGCGUUGGAUCCUUCUUCAAAAGAUCCUGCUGUGCUGGCAGCAUUUCUCUGAGGAGCAGCUGCUGUUUGAUUCUUGGCUGACUCAGAAGGAGGAGUUAGUGCAGACUAUCCAAAGCAGCGGCACAAAUGACCCAAAUGAAGUGGCCGCCAACCUAAGGAAGCUCGCUAUUUUAAAAGCAGACCUGGAGUUGAAAAGGCAAACCAUGGAUAAGCUUUGCUCCCUCGUUCAAGAUUUGCUGACCAACAUUAAGAGCAAAGAGGCCGCUGGGAAACUAGAGGCAAAGCUGGAGAGGUUUGCUCAGCGCUGGGACAAAUUGGUACAGUCGCUUCAGCUCACCAGCACCAAGUUUUCAACUAUUGUCACCACAUCCCAGUCGGAUCUCACGCAUACAACCAUGGCAACUGUCACCAAGGUGACCACGAACCAGAAAAAGAUGGUGAAGCAUACUAAGGAGGGCAUGUCUACCCCUCCACCUCAGAAGAAGCGACAGAUUGUCACUGAUUCAGAACUGCGGAAAAGAUUUGAUGUGGACUUCACUGAAAUUCACAGUUUUAUGACUCGGUCAGAGGCUGUUUUGCAAAAUCCAGAGUUCUCAAUCUCCCGUAAGGAAGGCAGUGUGGCAGACCUCUAUGAGAAAGUGCUGGCAAUUGACAGGGAAAAAACAGAAAAGUUCAGGAAGUUACAAGAAGCCACUCGUUCAGCCCAGGCUUUGGUGGAUCAGCUCACUAGCGAUGGUCAGAAUUCCGAGGACAUCCAGCAGGCGGCUCAGCAGUUACGUGCUCGAUGGGUCGACUUCUGUGCUCUCCUGGCCGAAAGGCUGGCAUGGUUGGCCUACCAGACCAAAGUCCUGGCCUUCUACAAUCUCUUCCAGCAACUGGAGCAGGCUGUGGGAACCGCUGAGAACUGGCUGAAGGUGCAGUCGCCUCCCGCGUGCGAGCCGGAGCCUCUGAGGAUUCAGCUGGAGCGUUGCAGGGAUGAGAUCGCUCGUCUCUCCGCUCUACAACCACAAGUGGACAAGCUGCAUGAACAACUUCAGGAGCUGCAGCAGAAAGAAGAGACGCCUGUUCUCUUUGAUGCUGACAUCUCUGCCUUCCAAGAGCACUACCACCAUGUCCUCGAGGACCUGAGGGCCAGGGAAAGACAGCUUGUUCUGGUCCAGUCUAGUCUUCCACCAGCACGUUAUAAGGAUGUGAUGGCAGCGCUGCUGGCCUGGCUGCAGCAGUGUGAGAAUAAACUAGCCAUCCCCUCCACAGCAGUGACUGAGUACCCUGUCAUGGAGCAGAGGCUCAAAGACAUCAAGGCAAUUCAAGCAGCACAGAAGGACCAUCAGGGUGACGUGGAUGACCUCAAUAAAAUGGCUGAGCAGGUGUUCCAGAAAGCGCCUCCAGAGAUCUGUCAGAAGUACCGGACCGAGCUGGACAAUGUGAUGGUGCGCUGGAGGCGUGUGUCUGAGCAGCUGGAGGAGAAUAUCCAGAAGCUGCAGGAUCACAUGACCAAAUUACAGCAGUUCCAGAAUGACACAAAGACUCUGCAGAAGUGGAUGGCAGAAGUGGAUGUUUUCCUGAAUGAGGAAUGGCCAGCUCUGGGAGAUGCAGAGGCUUUGGAGAAACAGUUGGAACAGUGCACGGCUCUGGUGAACGACAUCCACACCGUCCAACCAAGUCUGAAUGGCAUCAAUGAGGUGGGACUGGCCUUGAAGAGGGAAGCUGAGACACCGUUUGCCAUCAAAAUACAGAAGAUGCUUGAUGAGCUCAAUGCUCAGUGGGAGCUCAUUUGCAAACAGGCAUAUGCUAAGAAAUCAGCCCUGAAAGGAGGGCUGGACAUGACGGUGAGUUUGAGGAAGGAGAUGCAGGAAAUGCAGGAGUGGAUCACUCAGGCAGAGGAAGAGUAUCUGGAACGAGACUUCCAGUACAAGACACCUGAGGAGCUCCAUAAGGCGGUGGAGGAACUGAAGCGGGCUCAAGAGGAAGUCCAUCAAAAGGAAACAAAGGUGAAGCUACUGACGGAUAAAGUCACCAAUUUCAUUUCAAAGGCUCCUCCAGCGGCCCAUGAUGCCCUAAAGGCAGAACUGGAUGUUUUGACUUCUAACUACCAGCGACUGUGCAGCCGGCUCGAUGGAAAAUGCAAGACUUUAGAGGAGGUGUGGGCAUGCUGGUGUGAACUGCUGUCUUAUUUGGAUUUGGAGAAUGCCUGGAUGGACCUACUGGAGAAGAAACUUGAUGAAACCGAAAGCCUUCAAGGAGGUGUAGAGGAAAUAGAAGAAGCUUUGACUUCUUUAGAUACCAUGAUUAGAGAGCAUCCUGAAUAUAACCGCAACCAGAUCCGUGAAUUAGCCCAGACCCUUAUGGAUGGCAGAGUCCUUGAUGAGCUCAUACACAAAAAACUGGAGGACUACAACACACGCUGGGAUGAACUAAUGCAAAGGGCUCUACAAAGGCGACAGCAGCUGGAGAAGAGCUUGCAGUGGGCCCAGGAGAACGACAAAACCCUGCGCCUCAUUCAGGACUCUCUGAACACCACUGACCGACAUUUGACUGCUUACAUAGCAGAUGACAUAGACGCUGCACAGAUACCUCAGGAGGCACAGAAAAUUCAGACUGAGUUGAAUGGUCAUGAGGUGACUCUCGAUGACAUGAAGAAAAAGGCUUUCGAGGUUGACGCAUCAGAGAAAGUGAUUGGAGAAAUUGAUGCGACAUAUGAUAAACUAUUACAUGUUAAAGGCAAGUUCCGACUUUUCCAAAAGCCGGCUAACUUUGAUCAACGGUUGAGGGAAUGUGAGCGAGUGUUAGAGGAGGUGAAAGGGAAGCUAGAAGUGUUGAGUAUUCGGAGUGUGGAGCAGGAGGUGGUACAGUCACAGUUGGAGCAAUGCAUGAAGUUCUAUAAGAAUCUGAGUGAGGUGAAAUCAGAGGUGGAGACAGUGAUAAAGACGGGAAGACAGAUUGUGCAGAAGCAGCAGACAGAGCAACCCAAAGAGCUGGACGACAGGCUGACGGCCCUCAAACUCGCAUACAAUGAUUUGGGUUCACAGGUAACAGAAGGAAAGCAGGAACUGGAGAAGCUUUUAAAGCUAUUAAGGAAGUUUAAGAAGGAGGUAAACAGUCUGACAGAAUGGUUGGCAACUACUGAUGAGGAACUGACGCGCCGCUCUUCAGUGGAAGGCAUGCCAAGCGAUUUGGAUGCAGAGUUGGCUUGGGCAAAGGCGACUCAGGAGGACACUGAGCGUCAUAAGCCACAGCUGAAACUGGUGAGGGAGUUGGCAGAGACCCUGAAGGGUUUACUUCGUAGCCAGGAGAACCUGAUUGAUGACAAGGUCAGUCUGCUCAACUGCAACUGGAUCGCAGUGACGUCACGGAGCGAGCAGUGGCUGAAACUCCUGCUGGAUUAUCAGAGUCAAAUGAAAACACUUGAGCAGAACAUUUCUCAGAUCAACACCUGGAUGGAUCGUGCUGAAGAAACGCUUGACGAGAUGGACAGCCAGGGCUGUGUCGAGCACGUUAUAAAGAUUUUUUUUGUGGUUCUGGCAGUGGACCUUAUAAAGAACAGAGGGGAACACUGUAAAGCUCAAGUUAAACCGAAGCUAGAACAGCUCAAUCAACGAUUUGACAUUGUUGCAAAGAGGAUUUUAUUGGGACAGGCCUCCUCUCAAGAGUUAGAGGAAUACCAUAGACAGGCUAAUAUAUGGCUCCAGGUGCUGGACGAGGAGAUUAAAUUAGGUGAAAAUCUAAAAGAGGAAGAUUUCCUGGAGGAUGUGGGCAUAGAUGAGGAUGCCCUAAAUGAACUGUUCUUAAAAGGAGAACAUCUCCUCAAGAGAACUCCUAGCGGGGAGAAAAGAGAGGCUGUCCGUGAGAAACACAAUCUUCUUCAUGACAAAUAUGACACUCUGAAGAAUCUGAGAGCCCUAAGAAAGAAGAAGGCCCUUGCUCUUGCCCCGCAGUGGUACCAGUUCUGUAAGAAAACAGAUGACAUGAUGCAGUGGCUGGACAAAAUUGAGAAGACCUUAGCAGAGCUUCCUGAUCCCCCCGAGGAGCCCCGAGUGAAAGCAGUUGGUUCUGAGAUUGAACAGCAGUGUCCGAAGUUGGAGGACUUGCGCGGACUGGGCCGUGUGCUUUCUGAGGGCGGAGCUGCCAAGCUGGUGGAGCCCCGCCUCCUCCCGGUCAAUAAACGCUGGGCGGAGCUGGAUGUUAAUUUCACUCAAGUGCACCACAAAAGUGAGCUGCAGUUUUUGCUGCAGUGUAUCGCUGAAAACGAAGCUCUACUGAACUCUCCUGAGCGCUGGUCUGCAGCGUUCAUCAACGUUCCCCAACAAGACAAGUGCCUUAAGGAGGUUAAAGUUAAUCUGGAUAAACUGGAGAGUCCAGUGACGGAAGUUCUGGGAAGGGGUGCCUCUUAUCCGGAGGAAAGUUUACUGGUCCAGCUGCUCAGAACCAACUGGGAAAACCUUAUAAAGCUCUAUCAUGACCGACUUGCUGGGGAAUCCAGUUGCAACACUGAGCUGCAGUUUUUGCUGCAGUGUAUCGCUGAAAACGAAGCUCUACUGAACUCUCCUGAGCGCUGGUCUGCAGCGUUCAUCAACGUUCCCCAACAAGACAAGUGCCUUAAGGAGGUUAAAGUUAAUCUGGAUAAACUGGAGAGUCCAGUGACGGAAGUUCUGGGAAGGGGUGCCUCUUAUCCGGAGGAGAGUUUACUGGUCCAGCUGCUCAGAACCAACUGGGAAAACCUUAUAAAGCUCUAUCAUGACCGACUUGCACGCCUUGAAAAAGCCAAGAAAUUCAGUGAGGAGCAGAAAACGCUUGACUAUUGGCUCACAGAUGCUGAGAGGACGGUAGUGAAGUAUGAACAAGACCCCAUAAAUAAUAGAGACCACCUCAAGGAGCUCCAGGGGGGUUUGGAGAAACAGGAAGCAGCAGUGAAGGGGCUCAGUGCUCUUGGGACAGAUCUGACUCCACAGUGCAGUAAGGAUGACAGGGACCACAUUAAACAGCAGCUCGCCUCUAUCAACUCCCGCUGGGCCAAAGUGUCCAACCAGCUCACUGAGAUCAAGAGACGGUCUGCAGGGUCAAAAAUUGUUCUUGCCGAGUUAAAUGAAGACAUGGGGGAGUUUCAGUCCUGGCUGGAUGAUGCAGAGGCUGUGGUUGCACUUCCUGUGGAAGCAGGUCACAAGGAACAGCUCAGUGCAACAUUAGAAAAAGUGAAGGCCCGGGUGGUGGAACUGCCGAGCAGGAAGCAAGUGCUUCAUCAGAUCAACAGCAAAGGCUCAUCUCUCCCAGCUGAUAAAGUCAAACCUCUGGAGAAACAUCUAAAGGUUAUCAACAUGCGAUGGGCCAAGGUGUCCACUGUUCUUCCUGAGAAGCAGCGACAAAUCGAGGAUCUCCUGAGGGAUUUGUCUUUAUACCAGGAACAGCUCUCCAAGCUCUCAAUUUGGGCCUCCACUACAAAGAAUCAGCUUGAGCAGUCCCCUACUGCAGUGGACCCAAAGAUUGAGGAGGAUGUAAAGGAAAAGAAACCAGCAGUGGAAGCCGUUUUGGCGAAAGAGAGACCACCAUGCCAACUGGAGAAGGGGCAAUUUGAUGGCCUCAGUGCAGAUUGGACAUCCAUUCAAGUUCUCCUUAAAGACUGGCGAGACAAAUGUCAGCUCGCAGCCGUAACUUUGACUGGUAGUGCAGCAGGAGAUGCAGCCCUUGAUAAAUUCAAUAAAUCCUGGAUGGAGCUUGAUGAUUGGCUCACUCUUUUGGAUCACAUGGUCCAGACUCAGAGAGUAAUGGUCGGAGAUCUUGACAAGAUCAACGAAAUGACGGUGAAACUCAAGUCAACACUGCAAGACAUGGAGCAGAGAUGCCCACAGCUGAACAAACAAAUCACUGCGGCUCAGAACCUGAAGAACAAAACCAAUAACCCUGAGACACGGGCAACCAUUACAGACCGCAUUGAAAAAUUACAGGCACACUGGGAAGAUUCCCACGCCAAGCUGACGGACAGGGUCCUUCAACUGCAGAAAAUGUAUAAGGACUCCAGCGAUUGGCUGGAGGCCAGAAAAAGGGUGGAGCCUCUCAUUAAGAAAGCCAAUGAAAAACUGGAGAGCUGGAAAAAGGUUUCUCACAGUGCUGAUGAUUUAAAAGGCCAAAAUGCAGAUGUCAAGCAACUUUCUAAGGAUAUCCAGCAGGGGCAAGCUCAGAUGAAUGUCACCAAUGAGCUAGCAAACAAACUACUGACCCUUUAUGCAGACGAUGACACAAGCAAAGUUAAACAAAUGACUGAGAGCAUGGAUCUAGCUUGGGCCAACAUCAAAAAGCGUGCAGGGGACAAGGAGGCAGAUCUGGAAGCCGGACUGCGACAGUUGCAGCAUUUCUACUUGGACCUGGAGAAAUUCCUUAAUUGGCUAACUGAAGCAGAAACCACAGCCAAUGUCUUACAAGAUGCCACGUUUAAGGAGGGACUUCUGGAAAACCCUGCCACAGUGCGGCAUUUACUUGAGCAAUGGCAGGAUCUCCAGGCAGAGAUUGAUGCCCACCGGGAGAUGUACCAUUCAUUAGAUGAAAACGGACAGCGUAUCGUGUCAUCUCUGGAGGGAACAGACAAUGCCGUGGUGCUACAAAAACGGCUUGAUGACAUGGGGCAUCGGUGGCAUGAGUUGUGUAACAAAGUUAUGAGUAUAAGGCCCUAUCUGGAUGCAGGUGUGGAUCAGUGGAAACACUUACACAUGUCCUUACAAGAGCUGCUCAACUGGCUGCAGCUGAAGAGGGAGGAGCUAGAAAAGCAGAAGCCAGUAGGGGGCGAUGUGCCGACCGUGCACCAACAACUACUUACGCACAAGGGCUUCAGAAGGGAAUUGGUUGCCAAAGAACCAGUAAUCAAUGGAACACUUGACAAUGCUAAAACCUUCCUUGCUGAGAUGCCUCAUGAGGGUCUGAAACAGAGGCCUGGACAAAAGGAUGUAAGUCCUGAGGAGAGGGUUCAAAAUGUAGGCCGCAUAUUGCGUAAAGAAGUGGAGGAUGUAACGGUGCGAUGGAAGAAUCUGGGUGCAGCUGCCGUUGACUGGCAGCAACAGCUGGAACUGGCCAUGGAAAGGCUGAUGGAGCUCCAGGAUGCCCAGGAUCAGCUGGACUUCAAGCUACGGCAGGCUGAGACCGUGAAGAAUUCUUGGAAGCCUGUUGGGGACCUGCUCAUAGAUGAUUUGCAAAACCACAUAGACAGAGUAAAGGCGUUCCAGGAGGAGAUUGCUCCCAUCCAGGAUAAUGUAAAUCAGGUGAACCAACUGGCUUCCACAUUUCGACCACCUGACAUUCAACUUUCUCCAGACAACCUGAGUAGAAUUGAUGACCUCAACAUGAGAUGGAGGCUCCUGCAGAUCUCCAUCGAGGAACAUCUGACCCAGAUGACCGCAGCCUAUAAGGACUUGGGGUCCCAGUCUCAGAAUUUUUUACACGCAUCCGUUGAACGCCCUCUUGAACGCUCUAUUUCGCCCAACAAUGUCCCCUACUAUAUCAAUCACCAGAACCAAACAACAUGUUGGGACCACCCAAAGAUGGCAGAACUGUACCAGUCAUUAGCGGAUCUCAACAACGUACGGUUCUCGGCGUACAGGACGGCAAUGAAGCUCAGGCGAAUGCAGAAAGCUCUCUGCUUGGAUCUUCUGGGCAUGUCUGCAGCCUGUGAGGCCUUUGAGCAGCACAAUCUGAAACAGAACGAGCAAUUCAUGGACAUCAUGCAAGUGAUCAACUGUCUGACCAGCAUCUAUGACCGGAUGGAGCAGCAGCACAGCAGCCUGGUUAACGUGCCCCUGUGUGUGGACAUGUGUCUCAACUGGCUGCUCAACGUUUAUGAUACAGGACGAGCCGGAAAAAUUCGUACCCUAUCCUUCAAAACAGGAAUAAUCUGUUUGUGCAAAGCUCACCUUGAAGAUAAGUACAGAUUUUUAUUCCGAGAGGUGGCCAGUGCCACAGGCUUCUGUGACCAGCGGCGCCUCGGCCUCCUUCUGCACGACGCCAUUCAGAUCCCCAGGCAGCUGGGUGAGGUGGCGUCUUUCGGAGGGAGCAAUAUCGAGCCCAGUGUGCGCAGCUGCUUUCAGUUUGCCAAUAACAAACCAGAGCUAGAGGCCUCAGUCUUCCUGGACUGGAUGCGUUUAGAACCUCAGUCGAUGGUUUGGCUUCCUGUCCUUCACCGUGUGGCGGCCGCUGAGACAGCAAAGCACCAGGCUAAAUGCAACAUUUGUAAGGAAUGUCCUAUUAUUGGCUUCAGGUACCGAAGUUUAAAGCACUUUAACUAUGAUAUCUGCCAAAGCUGCUUCUUUUCUGGCAGAGUGGCUAAAGGUCACAAGAUGCAGUACCCUAUGGUUGAAUAUUGCACACCGACGACAUCAGGAGAGGACGUGAGAGACUUUGCCAAGGUGUUGAAGAAUAAGUUCAGGACAAAGCGCUAUUUUGCCAAGCAUCCUCGCAUGGGUUACCUUCCCGUCCAGACCAUCCUUGAGGGAGACAACAUGGAGACUCCUGUUACACUGAUCAACUUCUGGCCUGUUGACCAUCCGCCAUCAUCUUCCCCCCAACUCUCCCAUGACGACACCCACUCACGCAUCGAGCAUUACGCUAGCAGGCUAGCUGAAAUGGAGAACCGAAAUGGCUCGUAUGUGAAUGACAAUGUAUCGCCUAGUGAAAGCAUGGAUGAUGAGCAUCUGCUGAUCCAGCACUACUGCCAGAGUCUGAAUCAAGGCUCUCCUCUCAGUCAGCCGCAGAGCCCCGCUCAGAUCCUCAUCUCAAUGGAGACUGAAGAGAAGGGAGAGCUUGAGAGAGUGCUCAACGAUCUGGAGCAGGAAAACAGGAAGUUGCAAGCAGAGUACGAUCGUCUGAAGAAGGCACAUGACCACAAGGGUCUGUCGCCGUUGCCCUCACCCCCACAGAUGCUGCCCGUCUCACCCCAGAGUCCACGCGACGCUGAACUGAUCGCUGAAGCUAAACUACUGCGACAGCACAAGGGACGUUUGGAAGCAAGAAUGCAAAUCCUGGAGGAUCACAACAAACAGCUGGAAUCACAGCUCAGACGCCUUAGACAGUUACUUGAGCAGACUGAGUCCAAGGUGAAUGGCACUGCCCUGUCCUCCCCGUCCACUGCCUCUCCGAGAUCUGACACCAGCCUGGCCUCACUGCGUGUGGCCGCAAGCCAAACCACAGAGACGAUGGGUGAUGAUGAGCUGUCCAGUCCCUCCCAGGAUGCAAGCACUGGAUUAGAAGACGUGAUUGAGCAGCUCAACAAUUCCUUCCCUCACAGCCAAGGAGGUGGACGGCUAAACCCGUGAGAGGUUA